CUGUCUGAGUGAUUGUGAAUUUAGCUCAUCAUUUCAAUUUGUUUUCGUACAGUUAUUCAUUCAAUAUAAGUUAAUUUAUCACAUUAUUUCCUGCUGCAGCAAGUGUUUUAAAUGAUGGCCUUUGUGUCAUCUGUUUUAACCUAUUCUAUCGAAGAUUUUAAGUGCUAAAGGAAUAAUAUCUGCACAGAAGACUAUCAUGUAACUCCCAAAAAGGAAAAUAAAGUUAACAACAGCUAAAGGAGUGUUUACUGAGUGCAAAUCAUGAACUCUGAGGAAACUGAUUCAUUAAACACGCUUCCGUCGGAUGGACACCCUGAAGAGAUGUCAGCUUCAGGCACAGACGAUGCUCCAUCAUCAAUGGUGUCAAGUGAGGCCGAGUCGGAAGGCAGCGUCCUCUCAGAAGUGCCUCGGCAUGAAUAUAUGGAGUCACAAAGCAGCCACAUUGACAGAUCUUUCAACGACAGCCACAUCCUUCAAGACAAACUGAGUUCUAUCACAAGUGACUGGAGAACUAACAGCAACAUCUCAUCAUUUACUUCCACUCGGGGGUCGAUGCUCCCAUGGGGCCCGCACAAAGGCCCCGUGAUGGCGCCCCCCGAUGCGGACAUGCGUCCCGGGGAGUUUGUCAUGAGGCUGCUGUUCACCGAGUUCACAGUCCAGGCUGAACGGAAGAUGGAAGUUGUUAUGGCUGAACCACUGGAGAAACCGCUGAACAAGACCCUACAGCGCGGCGAAGACCCGCAGCUGGAUCAGAUUCUGUGCGCGUUCGGCACGCUGGCCGAGCACUGCCUGCCCUCGUUGCUUCGCGCGCUGUUCGGCUGGCUGGAGCGCCAGAUGGCCGACUCACCGCAGCUUAGCGAGCAGGCCAAGAAGCCGCAUCAGGACCUGAGGAACAAGAGCAUAAUCUACAUAGUGUCGGGAAGCGGAGCCGGCACGGAGGCGGUGGAGCGCUCCUGCGAGGAGCUGCAGGCGGAGCGGCGCGACCUGGCCGUGGAGUUCCUGUUCUGCCUGGCGCUCAUCGAGGUGCUCAAGCAACUGCCCUUCCACCCCGGCCACGAGGACCUGGUGAACUACAUCGAGAACGUCGCCUUCAAGCGGUUCAAUUACAAGGAGGGGCUGCAGUCCAACCCGAACGCCGCCAACGUGCACAUCAUCGCCGACCUCUACGCGGAGGUCAUCGGCGUGCUGGCGCAGUCGCGCUUCGCCUCCGUCAAGAAGCGCUUCACCGCCGAGCUCAAGGAGUUGAAAAGCCGCGAGCCAUCUCCACACACGACUCAGAGCAUAAUCUCGCUGCUGAUGGGCAUGAAGUUCUUCCGCGUGAAGAUGGUGCCCAUCGAGGAGUUCGAGGCGUCGUUUCAGUUCCUGCAGGAGUGCGCACAGUACUUCCUCGAGGCCAAGGACAAAGACAUCCGACAUGCACUCGCCGGGCUCUUCGUGGAGAUACUCGUGCCUGUCGCAGCGACGGUAAAGAACGAGGUGAACGUGCCGUGCCUGAAGAACUUCGUGGAGAUGCUGUACAGCCACACGCUGGACGCGUCCACCAAGUCCAAGCACCGGCUGGCGCUGUUCCCGCUUGUCACGUACUUGCUGUGCGUCUCGCAGAAGCAGUUCUUCCUCGCCAACUGGCACUGCUUCCUCGCCAUGUGCCUGUCGCAUCUGAAGAAUAGGGACCCCAAGAUGUGCCGCGUGGCGCUUGAAUCGCUCUACCGCCUGCUCUGGGUAUACAUGAUCCGCAUCAAGUGCGAGAGCAACUCGGCCACGCAGUCGCGCCUGCAAAGCAUCGUCAACUCGCUGUUCCCCAAGGGUUCCAAGGGCGUGGUCCCUCGCGACACGCCCCUCAACAUCUUCGUCAAGAUCAUCCAGUUCAUCGCCCAGGAGAGGCUGGACUUCGCCAUGAGAGAGAUCGUAUUUGAUCUGCUCAUGGUCGGGAGACAGAUCAAGAUCAUACUGACUCCGGAGAGGAUGUCAAUAGGGCUGCGAGCGUUUCUUGUUGUGGCGGACAGCUUGCAGCAGAAGGAAGGGGAACCGCCCAUGCCUAGGACGUCAGGCACGCUGCCGUCCGGCAACACGCUGCGCGUCAAGAAGACCUUCCUGAACAAGAUGCUCACAGACGAGACGGCGCGUUCCAUCGGCAUGAGCGCGUAUUUCCCGUACGUGCGGCGCGUGCUCGUCGAAAUCUUGCGCGCGCUGGACGCUCACUAUGGCCGCCCACUUAUGCUGACCAACACGCAGAACGUCACCAAGGAGCAGGAGAUCAAUACGGGCGAGAGGAAGCCAAGGAUCGACCUGUUCAGGACCUGCGUCGCCGCUAUACCGAGGUUGAUCCCGGAAGGCAUGAGCUCCAGCGAGCUGGUGGACCUGCUGUGCCGGCUGACGGUGCACAUGGACGAAGAGCUUCGCGGCCUGUCGUUCCAGAGCCUGCAGACGCUCAUCGUGGACUUCCCCGAGUGGCGCCAGGACGUGCUGGCGGGCUUCACGCAGUUCCUGGCCAAGGAGGUGCAGGACACAUCGCCCCAACUGGUGGAGAAUGGCCUUCGCAUGCUCUUGCAGCUGAUCACGAGCUGGAAGAACGGCGAGCCCGCCGCCGCCGCUCCCGGCAAGCUGGAGCCUUUGGCGUCAGUGGUGCGCGGCGCCGAAGCCCUGGGACUCGUUAUGCUGUGCCAGUGCAAGGCCUACCCGCGUCGGUUGGCUGUUCACAUCCUCAAGGAAACAAAGUGUCUGCUCGAGAAGCUUCAGUUGACGCGCGAGGAGCCGGCGCUGAUCGACGCGGCGGACGAGCACGUGCCGCACUUCGCGGAGCGGUGCCUGCCGCUGCUGCCGCCGGCAGAGAAGCAGGCCAUCCUCGCCGCCGGCAUGCCUGACCUGGUCUGGGUGGCUGAGAGGAACCACGCCGUGUGGACUGCCGGUACACAACAUGACGAAACAUCCACGAAAAACAGCUGGAGCGGCAGUUCAUCCAAUGGUGCUGACCCAUGGAAGGUGGUGCUGUUCGGGCUACUCGAGAGAAACCGCGUGCCGGCGCGCUGUCCCGCCACCAUCCAGCAGGCCUGGCCCAUGUUGCAUGCGCGCACGCACGCUCUAUACACCAUUAUCGAACCUGCACCGGUGAAUGACAACCGCGCUUCAUUACUGUCACGUGGCCCCGCGUUGCCGAGGAAACCUGAGAAGGAAAAAGACGGCUACAUGCAGGUGUGGAAGUAUUACAUGACAAUGGCAUACCUGGUGGUGCCGGCGGUGCCGAGCCCCGUGAUCCGCUGCGCCAGCCCUGACCUGAGCCUCAGUAACACUGAGGAGUCGUGGCUAGGCGCGCUGAGCUCGUCGAGCGAGAGCCUCAAUGCGCCGGGCGGCUUCUUCACGUUGCCGCUGAGCGUGGCGCGCGCGCACAGACACCACAAGCGGACGAGCUCGUCGCCGGACUCGCUGAGCGAGCGCAGCGGCGGCGAGGCGCGCGGCGCGGCGGCGGCGCCGGGCUCGCUGCACAAGCUGUGCGUGCCGCUGGCGCGCUGCGAAGUGCCCGAGGUGCGCGACGCCGCCGUCGCCGCCUGCGGGAAUAUCAACCCCGACGCGCUCAAGGAUUUGAUGGAAGAGCUGGUCCCGUUACUGCGCGAAGCCGUGGAUCGCAAACAGGAGAACAUGCGCCGGCGCCGGCGGCGUGACGCGCUGCGGCUGCACCUCAACAAGAUGCUGCUGCUCAUCGCGCAGAAGAAGACCUUCGCUACCAGCCCGUUCGCGCUCGAAGGCGGCAGCCUGCACCCGACCCUCACUGAGUACCUGGACGGAGUGCGGCAAUGCUUGGAGGUGGAGGCCGAGAAAGACGCCCCGGCCGCCAGGGAGCAACGACUCACCUUCGCCGACUUCGUCACAGAACUCAUCAAGAGCUUCCCUCUGGAGAUGUACGGGUCGCUGAUGAAGAAGGAGCUUCUCCGCAGCCUGUUCAGCCUGUUCUCGGGCUGGUGCGGGCCGUCGGCGCGGCACCUCGGCUCGCUCGUGCCUCCGCCGCCGCCGCCGCCGCCACAGGACGCCGACGAGCGCCUACAUCUGGCGGCGUUACGGGCCAUGAGCGCGCUGGUGUGCUGCGGGCCCUGCUUCGCGCCGUCUGCGCUGGCCGAGGAUGGCUCGCUGUAUCCCUGGCUCAGCGAGAUGUUGUCCUCCACCAACGACAAGAUAUACGAGCUGGCCCGGCAGACCAUAGUGCUCCUCUUGGACUGCAACCCCGACAUCGGCCCAUUGCUGGACUGGACUGUGGACAAGUGCUUCACGGGACCCCCACGCGUGGCCGACGGCUGCUUCAUGGCGCUGGCCACCAUAUUCAGUGCGAGGGAGUACCCGUGCGACCACUACACGGCGAUCAUCAACGUGACGCUCAUGUGCACGGGCUGCCCGCGUGCGCCGGUGCACGAGAGCGCGCUGCAGCUGCUGCAGCUGCUGGACAAGCGCUUCUUCGGCUCCGUGGGCCCGCUGCCAGCCGACGACGACGCCGGUUCGGAGAAGGAGCGCGGCACGCUGGACGCUCUGCUGUGCACCACCUACUGCCGCUCGCAGCUGUACCUGUCCCGCCAGCUGUCACAGCUGCAUCCCGAGCUCACCAUGCCCAUGUUCUCAGAAAUAACGGCGCGCUUCCAGACGGCCCGCACCGAGGUGCGCCAGCUGCUGCUGCAGUACCUGCUGCCGUGGCUCGUCAACAUCGAGCUGGUGGACCCCAACGUGCCCCCCGCCAACCCGCUCUCCUACAUCGAGUACUACGCGGAAGCGGGGCGCGGGGGCCGGCGGGAGGGGCUGGGCUCCGCGGAGGCCACCGAGAUGGUGCUCAACAACCUGUUCUACAUCACCGCCAAGUUCUCGGACAACCACCCCAAGGAGAUCGAGGAGCUGUGGUCGACGCUGUGCGCGUGCUGGCCCAACAACCUCAAGGUCAUCAUCCGGUACCUCAUCAUCGUCUCCGGCAUGGCCCCCAACGAGUUGCUGCCUUACGCCAAGCGCGUGGUGCUGUACCUAGCGCGGUCCCGGCCUGAGAGGCUGCUGGACGAGAUGAUGACGGAGCUGCAGACGGUGGAGACGCUCAACUGCCUCAUCGAGCGCACCGAGACGCCGCCCUUCUACCGCCUCACCUCCAUGCGGAAGGCCACCUCCGGCCACAGCGACGGGCCCGGCACUGGAUCUCAGGUACGUUACCUCACUAAUAACUGA